AUGUGGGGAAAACAGGGUUCUAUUGAGGUGAUAGAUCUUGGCAAUAAAUUUUUUAUUGUGAAAUCCUUCUCGCAGGAGGAUUUAGAUUUUGCCCUGACAGGUGGUCCAUGGAAAAUCUUUGAUCAUUAUCUAGCCAUUAGGUUCUGGAAACCAAACUUUAACCCAAUAGAAGCAACCAUAAAUAGUAUAGCUACAUGGGUUAGGCUUCCGGGUUUGGCUAUUGAAUAUUAUAAAGAGGAGAUGUUGAAAAGGAUUGGCAGCAUUCUGGGAAAAACUAUGAGAGUGGACAUAAAUACAGCAGACAAGAGCAGAGGCAAAUUUGCAAGACUUUAUGUUGAACUUGAUCUGAUAGAACCCCUUGUUUCACAAUAUUCUAUUAAUGGAAUAAGAUAUUUGGUUGAAUAUGAAGGUCUCCACAGCAUCUGUUUCCAAUGUGGAUUAGUAGGACAUGAUAGUAAUUGCUGCCCCCGAAAAGUUGUUGUGAACGGAGCCUCAGGGGCAGUAGCCAUGGCAGAGAAGGAGUCAGAUGUUGGAGAGAAGCAGGUUCCACAAAAUGACAAAAAUAAAGAGGGUAAUAAUGGAAAGAAUAAUAAUAACAAGGGUAAAAAGGUAAUAAAAGAGGAAGACGGUGCGUACGGACCAUGGAUGAUGGUGCAGAGGACAAAUCGUGGCAAAAAAGCAGGAAAAGUCUAG